AUGCAUGACAGACCAGCGGUUCUCCGUUGUAAAGGUUAUCCGUAUUCGUUUCUCUCUCAUCAAUUUUCUCCCUUAUUCCCCCUCGUCUGGAUCAAAUGCAGCUAUUGUAUCGCACAUAUAUCAUACGAACCUAUACCAUCGAACAAACGGGAAUUAAGAACGAGGCGACUCCCAUAGCUUGUCAAAAUGGAGUUUUCCUCUAGUGCAGCCAUGCCCCUUUGUUGAUGAGAACGAAAAUGUUCUUGUUAUAGUUCAUCUUAAAGACUUUUCCUGAAUGGAUACAUGACGCAUCUAUGCUCCUGUGUUGAUAGAACACACUCUGCAGUUGGUCCUAUAUCAGGAGAAUUUCAACAGCAACCACAGAAUAGGCCCAAAAGCAUGUCUACAGAUCAGCUCAGUAGAAGCCUACCUACCAUUGUUUGCCAUCCUGCACCUGCAGACUAUAGGUUUGAAACCAUGAUUGGCAGAGGCUUCUAUGACUCAGCCAAGGUCUGUGUUGCUCUUCACAUACCUUCUUCAACAUUCCUUGUGGUGAAAAGAACAGACUUAGAUGUCCAAAGUACAGAUCAACUAGAAACCCUCAAGCAUGAAGUUCAAAUGCUGAGAUCACUUCAUCAUCCUAACAUCUUACCUUUAUAUUCUACCUUCAUCAUAAACCAAGAGUUGUGGACAAUAUUCCCACUUAUGUCCUAUGGCUCUUGUGCGGACAUCCUUUCAGAGAGCUACCGUGAUGGUAUGCCCGAGGCGCUGAUUGCCGCGAUAUUAAAGGAAGUAUUACAAGGCCUGGACUACUUACACAGAAUGUCUAUCAUUCACAGAGGUAUGAAGGGUGGGCAUGUCCUGGUCGGAAAUGAUGGUCGUGUUUGUCUGUCGGGUCUGCGCAAGUCAUUCCGUCUGGACCCUAACAGCUCAGGCAGCAAGAAAGCUCAUGACUUUCCUCUCCAUGCAGUGGACUUACUGCCAUGGAUGGCUCCCGAAAUCCUCAAACAAGACUUACUGGGCUACGACUGUUCCGCGGAUAUCUAUAGCAUCGGUAUCCUAGCAAUCGAGCUUGCCCAUGGCUCAUUACCAUACGUCGGCCUACCCCCCACCAAGGUGCUACUGGAGAAGCUACACAAGGCUUCUCCAUCUCUUUGCCCUACACGCUCGGAUGCUAGUGAUACCAGUACUAUGCACACGACCACCACAGGGACGGACACUGGCAGCGUCAUCACAUCGCUAGAGGCCCCCGCCUCUAACGUAGGACAAAAAAAGUUUUCCCUUGUAUUCCAUCAGUUUGUUGACGCCUGCGUUCAAAAUGACCCAUCACUAAGGCCGACAUCAAACUCUUUAGCGUGUCACUCAUUUAUCAAGCAGAUGAAGAAGAAAAGCCCUGAAAUCCUCGCUGAACUUCUUACUGGUGUUCCUCGGCUAACGCAUCGUCAGGAAGAGUCGGGCGUGCUGGGUGAUAUGGACGUCAUGGAGACUGACUUGGCCGCCAUGAGCCUAGACGAGUGGCAAUUCUAACUCGGAUCAAGACCAGUGCCAGUUAUGACAUUUGAGGCAGGAUCAUUGCCGCAACUUUAUCUUGAGUCAAGUUUGGUGGCAACUUUAACUUGAGUCAAGAAUAGUGGCGAUUGUGACAUUUGAGUCAACAUCGGUGGCAAUUUUAACUAUUGGCGAGUCUAACUUGGGUUUAACUUGGUCCAUUUCUAAUAUUGGACCUCAUUUGAGCUAUUCAUCAGCGGCAAUUCUAACUUGAGUCUAGAUCUGUGGCAAUUCAACUUGAGUCUGUGACAAUUCUAACUUGAGUCUAGAUCAGGAGCAAUUCUAAGAUUGGGUCACAUUUCAAUUGAAAUAGGUCGAGCUCCUGGAACGAAGCCUCUUUUUAAAAGUCUAGACAGUGAAACAUAAAUUCCACUUUGAUUUUCGAUCAGUGGCAAUUUUUUAUGGAGCAAGUUAAGCUAGAGGGGAGGGGGGGGAGUACACCUAGCGGUACCCCCUGCUCGUUUUCUCUAUGAUUUCAAUAAGAAGAAGAAGCUAGGAUGUAUAUAGUGCAGUCUGGCUAUCGUGAUAGAAACAGAAACAGGAAUGAAGCAUUAUAUGCAGUC